AUGGCACAGACAAACUUUACUGACGAUGAAAACCAGAAAACAUUCAUAGAACUGUGGUGCUCCGCGGAAUUUAUCAUAGGUGUAGAUAGCGAGCUUCUUUUCAUUUCAGCUCUAAAUAUUUUUCUUUCCAUUUCUGCAUUUUUGGGGAACACUCUGAUCCUAGUUGCCCUGUACAAGGAAACCUCACUUUAUCCGCCGUCCAAACUCCUGUAUCGUAACCUAGCGAUAACUGAUCUCUGUGUUGGUAUCAUUGUGGAGCCUUUGUAUGUGGCUUAUUGGACUUCUGUUGUCAACAAAAGAUGGAAUAUUUGCCAUUACACAAGUUUCGCAAUGGGUUUCUGGGCUUCUACUUUGUGUGCAGUGUCUUUCUUAACUUCGACUGCAAUAAGUGUGGACAGACUUCUCGCCUUGUUGCUGGGGCUCAGAUACAGACAAGUUGUAACUUUGAGAAGAACAUGUAUAAUCGCUUUUGGUUUCUGGUUUUUGUCCAUCGUUGUUUCAUCUACUUUGUCAGUUUGGAAUAUUCUUAUACUUCUUUCGUAUAAUUGCAUAGGUACAGCUUUGUGUUUAGUCACCACAGCCUUCGCUUACACAAACAUUUUCUGUACUCUGCGUCAUAAUCAAAUACAUGUUCAGAAUCAUUUUGCUCCUCGACAACCUAACCAAGAAAUUCCACUGAACAUAACUCGAUACAGAAAGGCAGUGUACAGUGCACUGUGGGUGCAGGGAACAUUGGUUGUUUGUUAUCUGCCGCUUAACAUCGUGAACACGUACGCUUUGACAAGUCAAAGGGGCUUUUCCCUAUCUGUUUACCUUGCAUGGCAUUUUACCUCUACACUAGUGUUCUUAAACUCGUCAUUAAACCCUUUGUUGUACUGUUGGAAGAUCAGAGAAGUGAGGCAAGCGGUUAAAGAAACAUUAAGGCAAAUAUUCUGUUGUUCGAGUCAGUAG